CUCUUGCAAGUUGAAAGCGACCACCAAACUGAACGUGAAAUAAGAGACUUGAAACCAAAGGCUGGUAAGUAAGACAAAUGCCUUGCACGUAAAACCUCAAGAUGCUUUAGCAACUGAUUCUUUCGGAUACUCCGAGUUAGUCACUGAAGGAUACUUCAAAUUAGUCACUGAAGAACCCUUUGUGCAAGAGACGAGUUGGCUGACCCAAGCCACCAUAGGAUAAGAUGGAGGUGUUGCUGAGCCUGACCCUCGUGCUGAUAUGGCUGGAGCGAUGCAGCGGGUCGGCUGGCUGGGUGUUCACAGAGCCUCAGCUUCAAGCCAGCGCUGGGGACUCUGUCCUGCUGCAGUGCUUCUUCCUAGACCCGGUGGCCAUGGGCAGGACGAUGGCCAAGGUGGACUGGCUGCACAUGGCAGGAGCUGGCACACAGAAGGAGGAGAUGGUGUUUUAUUACUACAGCAAUCAUAGCAUCCCUGUGGGCCGUUUCCGGGACCGGGUGCAGUGGCAAGGGAACAUGUCCCGCUGGGAUGGCUCUAUUCAGCUGCAGGACGUACAGGUGAACGACAGCGGCAUCUAUGUGUGUGAGAUCCGGCUGCUCCAGUGCAGCAGCAUCUUCAAGAACCAAACGGUGCUGCACGUCAGCCCCGUGGGACAGAGAGCAGGACGAGGAGCAGCAGGUGCCCUGGACGCUGCGGCCCCGGGAGGCACUGCAUUUUGGCCUCUGGCUGUGGGCUGUGUCUGCGUGGCCGUUGUGCUGGCCUUCCUGGCUGGACUCAGCCUGAGGAAGAGGUCUGCAGCCAACACCGCCCUGGAGAGGAAUGAAGACGGUAGCAGCAAGAACAAAGUAGAGGAAGCACUUUACUUCUCGGUCCCUGGAGCUGAGGUGCCCAAGGCUGAACAGGAUGCAGGGAAGAAGAGGAGAGCUGAGGAGACCUACCUAACCAUGCACCCCUCUCUCUUCUGGGAGAACGGCAUCUAUGUGGAGCUGGCCAAAAGGGUGAUCCCAGCAGAAUGGAUGGGAGAGGCGAGACAGGGUGAUGGACAAAGCAAGGAACCCUACAGUAGACCAGAGGCGGCACUUCCCUGGCCUCCAGAGCGGGAGAAAUAGCUGUGCUGGGGGAUUUAAGCCCCUUAGCCAGCAGGUGUGUGCAAGACAUUUUUGUUGCUUUGGGCAGGCCAGCAUUCUGCUGCUGCCAGCCCUUCCCUGAGAAGUGCCGCUUCACUGUGUGCGCCGUGCCGGAGCCACCGCUGGGGUAUGUCCCACCCUGGUUGUCUGCUGGGGGACCAGGGGAAACAUGUCUCUCUGGCUCUUGCCUCCUAGUCUCCAGAGGAGCACCAGGUUCAGAGAUAACUAUCUCCAAGGAGAGCCAGUGGGAGCUGUGCAGAUACACCAAUGGUAUCUUCUGAAGAUAAUAAAACUGAGGGGUUCUUCCAUA